CUUGAGUAGCAAAAUCUGCUUUCUUCAAAACACCACAGACUCAUGUUUAUGACAUUCAUAGGAUCAUGUGGUCUUUAAUUAAACUUACCCUAUAUAUCUACACUUGUGUAGUACAACUUCAUCAAAAAAAUGGGGAAAAAACCUAAACAGCUCCAUGUAGUUUUCUUCCCAUGUAUGGCACAUGGCCACAUGAUCCCAAUCCUAGACAUCGCGAGACUCUUCAUUGUUCGCGGUGUCAAAACAACCAUCAUCACCACGCCUGUCAAUCUACCAAUCUUCACUAAUGCCCUUGAACACACCAAAAAAGCCGAAGAAGCCUCAAUGAUUAACUUUGAGAUCUUCAAGUUCCCACCAAACCUGUUGCCUGAUGGGUGUGAGAAUCUAAACCAAGCUGUGAAGUUGAGCACGAUGAGAAACUUCUUAAUGGCAGUUAUGAUGUUAAAUGAGCAGCUCGAGAAGUUUUUGGAGAAAACCCGCCCUAAUUGCUUAGUAGCCGAUAUGUUUUUACCAUGGACGACUGAAUGUGCUGGGAAGAUCAAGGUCCCUAGGUUGGUUUUCCAUGGGACUAGCUACUUUGCUCUGUGUGCCGAGGAAAUUGUUAGGCUAUAUAAGCCUUAUAAAAUUGUCUCUACUGAUGAAGAGACAAUCAUCAUUCCUUCCCUUGCACAUGAAAUAAAGAUGUCAAGAUUGCAAAUUUCAGAGUAUAUUAUGGAAGAGGACACUCAUUUUCUUAACGCAGUGAAAGCAAUGAAAGAAUCAGAGCUCAACAGUUAUGGAGUGAUUGUCAAUUCUUUCUAUGACUUAGAACAUGAUUAUGCAGAUUUUUUCAGUAAAGAAUUGGGUAGGAGAGCAUGGCAUAUCGGCCCUGUUUCGCUCUACAAUACGAGCAUUGAAGACAAAGCACAAAGAGGUGGACUACAAGCACUCAAAGAUGAACAUGAAUGCUUAACAUGGCUUAACUCGAAACAGGAAAAGUCGGUGAUCUACAUAUGCUUUGGAAGUGUAGCAAAGCUAACAGCAUCUCAGCUGCUUGAGAUUGCAGCAGGUUUAGAAGCUUUGGAGCAAGAUUUCAUUUGGGUGGUGAAGAACGAAGAGGAUGAAAAGAGCCAAGAGUGGCUGCCUCCGGGGUUUGAGCAAAUAAUGGAAGGCAAAGGCUUGAUAGUAAGAGGGUGGGCUCCACAGCUACUGAUCUUGGAGCAUAAAGCCAUAGGAGCUUUCGUGACUCAUUGUGGUUGGAACUCGAUACUAGAAAGCAUCUCGGCUGGUGUGCCUAUGGUUACAUGGCCUGGUGGAGCCGAGCAAUUCUACAACGAACAAUUAGUGACCGUUGUGUUGAAGGUUGGAGUCCCCAUUGGAGCUAAGAAGUGGAGUUACGUGCCUAAUGCAGAUGAUUUUGUGAAGAGGGACGCACUGAUAAAAGCAUUGAGAGAAGUCAUGGAAGGAAAUGAAGCCCAAGAAAGGAGAAACAGGGCGAAAAUGCUGAAAAAAAUGGCACUCAAAGCUGUUGAGAAGGAUGGUUCUUCAUACUCUUCAUUAAGUGCAUUGAUCAAUGAGUUAAGGAAUUACUAAUUAGCAUUUACGCUGUAUGAUUGUAACCCUCUUCAAUCUUCAUUGAUCUCGUUAAACAAUUAAAAAAAAAUCUGCCGGAAAACAAUAGUCUACUGUACCAAUGUUAUUUUGUAAUUUCAUCUAAUUAAAUGUUCACUGUCUAGUUAUCGACUA